AUGGCCUCUCCAACCAGCUUUGCUUUCCCUUACUUCUCUCCACCGCCGCCAUUCCACCCCAUCCACCCACCACCGCCACCUCCCCACGUCAUCACUCCUCCACCUCCGCCGCCGCACGUGUUCCCAUCACCUCCCCCUCCUCCACCGCACGUGCGCCCACCACCACCACCACCACACGUCUUUCCUCCUCCACCGCCACCACACGUGCACCCACCGCCACCACCACACGUGCUCCCUCCUCCUCCGCCGUCCCCCGACAACCAUCCCACCGUGAUCAUCAUCGUAGUCUUCGCCUCGUUCGGUGGCCUCCUCUUUCUGGCGGGGCUCGCCGCCGUGGUGUUCUGCUGCCUGAGGAAGCUGAAGAAGAAGAAGACGAAGCACGAGGUGGAUGUGAUCCACGUGGACGAGCACGUGAGGGUGAAGGAGGCCAUCGUCCCCGGGCCUCACGGCCCACGUGUGGUGGUGCUGGAGAUCGAGGAGGACUUGCAUGUCGACGAGGUUGUCAGGAAGGACGAGGUUGUUGAGAAUGUCCAUGGCGGCGGCGGGGGGCAUCAUCAUCUUCAUGGUUUGCAUGGCAAGUCGGCGGCGGCGGAGGUUAGUGGCGGCGGUGCUAGUUCGGAGAUGGCGGCGGCGGCGGUGGCUUCCUCGGGUGGUGCUACUCGGGAGGUUAAUGAAGAGAAGUCGUGA